UUUUCGAGCUUCUUCAACAUCAGCCACUGUACAGGCAAAUUAGUGUAGUAUUUGUAUUUCACAGUACUCAGCUUAAAACACAAGACGACGCGUGAUGCAACUCGCGAAAUUCAAGCGUAGUUUUAAACGUUUUUCAAUACGAAUUUUUUGAGUUUUCGAAAGUUUGUUUUAGGACAAAUCAUUUAAGUAAUUAGUCGUUUCAAGGCAUUUCAAAGAAAACGUGAUUUUUAAUUAUUUAAAUAGAAAUUUUUGAAAUUUGUGCAUUUUUCACAAAAAAAUAUCUUUACUUUCGGAUUAAAAACGGUGUUGUUUGAUUUGAAACAACUCUUCAGCCACACAUAAAACAACACUUAUCAGCGGUUGUUAUAUUUCUACCUCGGCUUAGUGACAUUCUAAUACGAUUUUUUCGGUUUUUCGGUUUUUCGGUUAGUGAUAACAGUUUUUUAUGCCCACAGUUAAUCCUUAUCACUCGGUAUCUAUUGUCAACAUAGACGCGAAACAUAAAUAAACAAAGUCAUAUGUGACUGCUUUCAGCAAAGUGUAAAAAAAGAUACAAAGCAAAUAGUGACAGAUCAGCAGAAUUCGAGAUUAAAUUUGUAAAACGAAUCACGAAUCGCUUGUGGAAGCACCAACAAAUAAGACCCAAAGCCAGACUGAAAGAUCUUUAGUUUCUAGGAACAUAGCAUUCAAUUGAAUAACUCGUGCUGCCAUGUCUCAUGGACCAACUCUGAUAUGAAUCUUCAAGAGUUCGUGUAUCUAAAAAUUCUGCACAUGCACAAGUGAACGAAUUUCUUUUCCUCUGACGCAAUACUGAUUAUUUACGCAACAAGUGAUUCACUGCCAACUCCACACGCCAUAAAAUGUAUAAGUUACUCGGCAGUUUAAAGACCUACCUUAAGGUGCAGGACAUACAAACGGAUAAUGCCGUCUUCCGUUUGCACAACUCAUUUACGACUGUUUUAUUGCUGACCUGCAGUCUCAUUAUCACCGCGACGCAAUAUGUGGGUCAACCGAUCAGCUGCAUCGUCAAUGGCAUACCCACUCAUGUGGUCAACACGUUCUGUUGGAUACACAGUACCUUCACCAUGCCGGAUGCCUUCAAUCGACAGGUUGGCCGUGACGUAGCACAUCCAGGUGUAGCCAAUGAUUUCGACGAGGAAGAUGCUAAAAAGUAUUACACCUAUUAUCAAUGGGUCUGUUUCGUGCUCUUCUUUCAGGCCAUUGCCUGUUACACUCCCAAAUUUCUUUGGGACAAAUUCGAAGGUGGUCUGAUGCGAAUGAUUGUGAUGGGCUUGAACAUAACUAUCUGCACUCGCGAAGAGAAAGAAGCCAAGCGUGAUGCCUUACUGGAUUAUUUAAUCAAGCAUGUUAAGCGCCAUAAACUUUAUGCGAUGCGUUACUGGUUCUGUGAGGCGCUAUGCUUCGUCAACAUAAUCAUACAAAUGUACAUGAUGAAUCGUUUCUUUGACGGCGAGUUCCUCUCAUAUGGUACACGUAUUAUGCAACUAUCUGAUGUGCCACAAGAGCAACGCCUUGACCCAAUGGUGUACAUAUUCCCACGCGUAACCAAGUGUAUCUUCCAUAAAUAUGGCUCCGGUGGUUCGCUACAGAAACACGACUCACUCUGCAUACUGCCGUUGAAUAUUGUCAAUGAAAAGACUUAUGUGUUCAUUUGGUUCUGGUAUAUGAUAUUGCUGUGUCUGUUGCUGGGAUUAUUGAUUUUCCGUGCUUGCAUCUUCUUUAUGCCAAAAUUCCGACCACGUUUGCUCAAUGCCCGCAAUCGCAUGAUUCCCAUGGACGUUUGCCGCUCACUCUCACGCCGUUUGGAUAUCGGCGACUGGUGGCUCAUCUAUAUGUUGGGCCGCAAUCUAGAUCCAGUAAUUUACAAGGAUGUGAUGAUUGAAUUUGCAAAGCAAGUCGAGCCAUCGAAGCACGAUCGAAAGAAGGACAAGAUAAGGGAUUACGACAACAAAAACAACUACUGAAGAUGGUUCUGUGAUUGGGAUGCUUUCUAUAAAUUAGAAAUGCAAAUUAGAAAAAAAAACAAAUAACAUAACAUAUAUAAAAAUGAUUAUUACUGAUUUUAUUUAAUUACUGCUAAGAGUAAUUCAAGCAAAACUCAAUUAAUUCAAUGAUCACAACUCGAAUUUUAUUUGCCUGGAAAUUGGCAAGUGCAAAUGAAUAAAUCCAUUAUUCAGAUAUGUCUAUAUAUUACGAUUAAGUAUAAUUUUAUUUAAUAAAUUCUAGGCUAAGUUACGUGAAAUUUAGUUCGUCUUCAGAUUAUUUAAAUGUUCGCUUUUGAGUCUUCUUAUUCUUGUAUAGUUCGAAUGUGAGUUAAGCUAAGCAUUUUUCAUAUAAACAAUUAAGUUAGUUUUUAUUAUAGCAAAAACCUGAAACUACGUAUAAUACUUUGACUAAAUAUUCACGAGAAUAUUUGCAUAAAAAUGUAUGUACUUUUAAGUUUAUACAUAUAUAUAUACAUAUAUUUUUAAUAUGAAAUCAAUUUUAUAUUAAUUAUACAAAUACAAUAUUUUUGUAGACUCUGCA